CUAAACUAGUUGAAAAUCUAGUUAGAAUAAAGUCCUCACCUUUCUUCCAGUCGAAACUUCUGAAAAUCAUGAAUUUUUCAGGGCUCUUCUUUCUCUUCUUCUUUCUUCUGUCUCCAGCUGUGAGCUAUGGUUCAGGGUCGGAUCUCAAGUCACUAGCUCGUGGGAUGCUCGACGCAGCGAAGGAACCAGAGUUCUUCGAGUGGAUGAGAGGAAUCAGGAGGAGGAUCCACGAGAACCCGGAGACUGGGUUUCAGGAGUUCAAAACGAGUCAACUCAUUCGAGACGAGCUUGACUUACUCGGAGUGAAGUAUAAAUGGCCUGUGGCGAAGACUGGCGUGGUGGCUUGGAUUGGAUCAGGCUCCACACCCGUUUUUGGACUCAGAGCCGACAUGGACGCACUUCCGUUACAGGAAUUAGUGGAGUGGGAAUCGAAGAGCAAAGUGGAUGGAAAGAUGCAUGCUUGUGGUCAUGAUACUCAUGUUGCUAUGCUUCUUGGUGCUGCUAAGCUUCUUCAGUCCAGAAAACACCUCAUCAAGGGGACUGUGAAACUUGUGUUUCAACCAGGCGAAGAAGGCUACGGAGGUGCAAUUGAAAUGCUAAAAGACGACAUUCUAGACGACUUAGAUGGGAUUCUCAGCGUGCAUGUCUUUCCAACGACCCCAUCUGGUGGUAUCGGCUCUAGGCCUGGGACCGUUCUUGCAGGUGCAGGGCUGUUCACAGUCACCGUUCGCGGUCAAGGUAGCCACGCAGCUACACCGCACUUGUCUAAAGACCCUGUUCUCGCAGCUUCUUCCGCCGUUGUCGCCUUGCAACAGAUUGUUUCGCGGGAAAUGGAUCCUCUUGAAGCCGGUGUGGUUACAGUUGGAUACAUUCAAGGAGGCCAUGCUCAAAAUGUUAUACCGCAGUUUGCAAAAUUUGGAGGAACUUUCAGAAGCCUAAGCAACGAUGGGCUUCUAUUUAUCCAAAGACGAAUCAAAGAGAUAGCAGAGGCACAAGCCUCGGUGUACCAAUGCAAAGCAGAAGUAGAUUUCGGAGAGAAAGAGCCGUCGCUUCACCCGGUGAUGAAGAACGACGAGGGGGUGUACGAGCACGGAAAAGAAGUAGCGGAAGCGAUGAUCGGAAAGAACAACUUCCAUGAUUUUCCGGUGACGAUGGGAGCAGAGGACUUCAGCUUCUUCACUCAGAGGACUAAGGCUGCUAUAUUCGUGCUGGGGAUAAAGAAUGAGACGCUAGGAGCUGGUAAGCCGCUUCAUUCUCCUUACUUCUUUGUUGAUGAAGAAGCUCUUCCUCUUGGCGCAGCUCUUCACGCAGCCAUGGCGGUCUCUUAUUUGGAUAAACAUGGUCAUGAUAGCCAUGAAGAUGAGGUUAAGACCGAGUUAUAGAAUGUGUUGGAGAGGUCAGCAUUUAUAAUAAUCAUCUGGCUUGUAUCGAACUUUGAAAGUUUGUUGGUUAAUAUCGGUUAGGUUUCGGUUCGUGAA